AUGGCCGCAAAUAUCGAAGGCGGCGCGUCGAAGCUUGACCGUGAGACUACUACGCCAUUCCACCUGAAGCUAUUUUACCGCCAGAGUUCUUUUAAUCAUCUUUCCGACUUCCAUAUAUCUUCGCCCGGCACCCCAGCAUCAUCUACAUCUUCUCCUCCGUUGCCACCGCAUCUACAGAUCUAUACAUGGUACUCGUGCACCUUGCGUGAGCUUGCUCACCUCCUCACCUCAUGUCUUCCGUCACUACUUCCGGACCCAGCUGUUGGAACACGUCUUAGUUUUCGCCUAAUAUAUCCCGAUACAAAGAACCAGCCUGGCGGCCCCAACGCGUCAAACGAUGCAGUGCGAGGGAGGUAUCUUAGCAAGGACAUGGGGAGUAUUGUUAUCAGCCCUCGAGCAGAUAGCGAAAGCAGAGAACACAGCUUAUCCGCUACCUUGGCCGGCCCAAAUAUUGAUUUAAGUGGCGAAGACGCCGAUCGAACACUACAAGAUGCCCGUUUUAUCAUCGGCGACUAUAUUGAAUGUGCGAUUUUACCGCCACUUCAAGAUGGAUCCGUGGCUCCCAAUGUCACGCCCAGGGGAGCCUCUGGUGCCUUUGCUAUUGGUAGCGGCAUGCGCGCUUUUCCACCCGUGCGAGAGAAUGGAUUUGGGCGGCCGAGACACGGGGGAGGAGGUUCCGGGAGAGGUGCCAUCACCGCCCCAGCAGUUCCAAGUGGUGAAUGGAGAAGGGGAGAGCGCAUACCUGAUGAGGGAGGGAGAAUCUAUGGCCGAGGAAAUCAUCGACCGCGGGGGAGGCCGUACUGA